AUUUUCAUCUUGUCAAUUUUCUAUUCUGAUGGCGGACGUAAAAGUGUUAAAAACUCGAAUCCGCUGCAAAGUUUAAAUAAAAAUUUAAUUAUUUUUUUUUACCCCCGAAAUGGCUGGCGACCAGCGAAUUCUUAAACAAGAUGGUUGUCUUAAUAUUGCAACCGAAUCAUGCAAUAUAACAUAUCAUCCAAAUUUGAACGUUAUUAUUGUUUUUGAUACAAAAAAUCAAGUGAAAAUUCUAGAUGUGCAUUCUGGUGUAAUUUUACAAGCUUACACAUUGUCUGGUGAUUUAAGUGAAAAUGUAUGCGGCAAAUAUAUGCCAUUACAAGAAAAAGUUCUGUUUUGGGAUGGCAAGCGUCUUGGGCUCCGUGGCGACUACAAUGGGGUUCUACUUUUGGACACUAUAUUGCAGUCGCCAGUGGUACAAAAUGACGACAUGAUCAAAUUAGAACUUCUACUUUCUGAGGCAAAGAUAUUUGAAGAGAGUUUAAGGAAGUUGGAGGAAGAAGGACUGGAAUGUCCGACAGAUGUUAGCAAUGAAUUAAUGGAGAAAAUUCGUGAUGCUCAUAGUAAUUCCAAAAAAGGCAUCAAAGCACAAAGGUGGAACACAAUAUGCUUAGAGCUGCCUUAUUCAAGUCUCAAAAUGGUAGCAAAUAGUGCAGUGGUUCAUCUUAAACGACUUGAAUUGCACAUACCGGCAUUAGCAAUAUCGUCGGCAAUAAAUGAGCGUCUAACUGACUUACUAGUCGGUUCAAGACUCAUAGAAAUCGGUUGUAACAAUGGAACGAUACAACGAGUGUUGAUGUACUCAGAAGCAGUGCGUCGACAAACUUUUGAAAAAUGGCCACACAUGGAUUAUAACUGGGCAUUGCCCGAUCAAAUGGCCCAAGCUGGUUUCUACCAUCAACCGAGUACAUCUGGAGAAGACAGAGCAAUGUGUUUCACAUGCAAUGUAUGCCUAGUGUGUUGGGAAAAAACAGACGAACCAUGGAGCGAACAUGAGAGACAUUCCCCAACAUGUCCAUUUGUCAAGGGCGAAUACACACAAAACGUACCACUAGCUGUUACAUAUGCAACCAACCCAGCUGCUCUAACAAAUGGUUUCGACGUCAUUUCCAACAGUGACCAUGCACAUGUUCUUUGCACUAGCUCUUCCACAACUGGAGAAAUUAUUGUUUGGAGUAUUGAGAGAAAUCUUAAAGAAAUGCACACUUCCAAUCUGUCAACAUUGAUGAAGGAUAUUUGCCCCGACGGCUAUGACGAAGCAAAGAUCACAGCAAUGUGUGUUCUUCCAAAUAAGUUAUUCAAAAAUUCAAACAACAAAAUGCCAAUGACGAAUUCUUUAAAAUCUAGCGUCAUUGGAUCCAAAUUAAUCCUCGGAUUGUGGGUGAAAAAAGCAACUGGAAUGAUACUGCUUUUGGCCGUGGUUGAUAUUUGCGAAUCAGAUUCGAAAAUUAUUUGCGACAAUGGUCAAGAUCAAAAAUGCUUGGAAAAUUUAUGCAACAAAUAUGAUCGCGAUGAUGAUAACAAAACAUUGUUAGAAAAAUAUGAAGAUAGUUUUGAUAGCAAUGGUUUCAUGCCCGACAUAGCCACAAUCAAAUUCAAAAUAUCUGACAAAGGUGAUGAUUUUGAUGAAUAUCUGGAUGACGAUAUUAUAAAAAUGGACUCCAAUUUAUGUGACAUACAACUGCCGCCACACAUUCUCUCUGACCAUAAAGUAGUCGAUGAUGAAUUGGACAACAAUAACAUGAAAACUGCCGAACAAAUGGUUCAAAUAACAAAAAAACCGAAAAAAGAAGACAUCAAUUGUUAUGUGAGAAGCUGUGUUAAUGUAACACCACUUAUUGCUGGUCAUUUUGAAGUGGCCGAAAUUAUACCAACCAAUCGAAGUUGUAAUCAAUUAUUGGUAAAAUUGAUACGAACCCAAGAUGUGUCCGAUGACUCAAUGGAAAUCGAUGACGAUGAUGACUGGAUUAGUGGACAAAUGUUGUUGUUUUCUUGCGAUUUCAGUGGAAUGAUUUCCAAUGAUUAUACAGCAUCAGUUACAUUUAAUCGUCAUAAGUGUCCCAAUCAAAUUUGUAUACUGCCUGCUUGUGAGAGUUCGGACAGAAAAGUUCAAGGCGUUGACUUUGAUGGUGGGGCGCUUUGUGUAGUUUGUGCAGAUGGAAGUAUGCAACUACAUUCACUGCAAGAUUUUAAACUCAUAACAAGCAUUGAAGUACCCAAUGAACAAUUUGUAUCGGCUGCUUAUUGCAAGACACUAGACAGACUUUGCGGAUGCACUAAAAGUGGUUCGCUAAUCUUUUAUUCUCUGCACGAUACCGACAAUGAGUCUGGCGAUGAAACAGUCGACGAUGAAAAUGCCAAUUUUUGUGGAAAUGCAGAUUUUUCAUUGGGAAGUGGUGGUGCUUGCGAUGGCGAUCUGUCAGAAACUGAUGGACGAAAUGGAUCUCGAUCAUCUGGUAGUAGUCGCAAACAACAAUGUGAAGCUCCAUCAGUUAGUACUGCACCGGGUCCUAGCACAAGCGAAGCUGCCCCAUCAUCCACAUCGUCGAAUUUAAUUGCACACAAAAGUAAUCUAUCAUUGGAAGAUUUGCGCACAUUGUGCGAUUUAACGCAGUUUGAUGAAAUGCUAACACCCUACACGGCUGAGGUGCCAAGCUGUUGGAAUGAGCUUGUUCAAGCUCAGAAACAAAGAAAACAGCCACAACACUUGCGACCAGGUGAUGAUACUCAUUUAACAAAAACCUGGAGACUUCAUAAUGAUGCAACAACAUGGGAUGAGCAUAUAAUUGAAGUCAAUCUGGUACAACCUGUUGCACUAGGUCAUAUCGAUUUAAAGUUUUCACUGUACCAACCAUGCCCAAAUCCGGCUGCAAUUCAAGUGACUCUUUUAAAACAAAAUACCAGUGGAUUUGGUUAUCGCAUGAAAGGACCACAUUCUGUUAAUAUGGGUUACAAACAAUCUGCAGCUGUAGAUGAUAAUAUUGAAUUUCCAUUAAAUAGUGAUGGAGUGCAUGAGAAUCCAGUUCUAACAGAAGAAUACUUACAAGCUCACAAUGCAGAAAUAUUAGCUGGACCAAUUGAAUUGUCAUCAUGCAUGGAUUUAUGCGAUCAAGGAGGAAAUGUCACACUAACUAGCCCAAAGCUAUUCAAAACCAGAGCACGUAAUUUCUUGUUGCAUAUCAAAACUAUGGGCGAUCCAGCUAAAGAGGGACAAGGAAAAACAAGAGUUCCGGUUAGAAAAAAAGGUGUCAUGCGAUUCCUGAUUUCAUCAUAUGCAAACAGUACAUCUCAAAACUUCACUAACGCUACAUUUUCUCAGAAAACCUCCAAAACCACCACCAAACAAUCACGAAAUGACUUUUACAUAGGUUGCGAUUGGCUUCAUGAGAUCUCAAUUACUGUCCGUGGCACGAAAUCACACUCACGCAUACCAAAUGAACGACUUCAAAGAAUUGCUAUGCUCGAGAGUAAUAAUGCUUUGGAGAAUUUACUCAAAAUACUUGCCUGCAGUACAUCAACAGUACUGGAAAAAAAUCUAGCAAUCGACAUUCUUCUUUGGAUUUGCACAGUAAGACUAAAUCGAUUUAGAACACCCAAAUCAGAGCGAUAUAAAUCUGGUGAAGCUUAUAGCAGCAAAAGUAGUUCAUCGUCCGGAAUUUUCACAGACAAUUCCGCAACAGAUAUGCAAUCUCAACAACUAGAUUGUUUAGUUAUUGUUGAGAAAUAUCUUAAAGAUCUUUUAUUGAAUUGCAUAAUUAGAAGUAACAGAACAUUGGCACAUAAAUGUGUUAAGCUUGUGCUUAUCUUAACAGAAGGUGUUCGAAAUCUUGCAACAGACUUGCAAAAUAAAAUCACAUUUGAUGUCUCACUUAAAAAUGCCAUUACAAGUACGCUCCCCGAUUUAACAUCAUCAAAAUAUUCGAGUGUAGUUCGAUGGUUUAUAUUGUUGGCAUGUUCAACUUCAACAGCUGAUUCACACAAUUCAAUAUCAGAAAUAUGUGUUAAAAUUUUGAUGGAUGUUACCAAUGAAAUAGAAAAGCGAUGGGAUCCAUAUUGUUCGUUGUUGGGAACAAGAUUUGGUUUGUAUGGUUUUCCAUUUGAACCUGAAUUAUUUGAUGUUGAUUUGCCAAAUAUGAGCAAAAAUAAUACAACUUCGCCAAAUACAUUAGUGAAUAUUAUACGAUCAAAUGCUGGUUUACUACAGUCUCAAGGAAUGGACUUUAAAAAGCUAAGUUCUAUAGAUGGCGUUGAAUUUCGUUCGUUCCCACAUUUAAUUAAAUGCAAAGGUGUAAGUAACCAAUUACGUGGCUUGCUAGAAGUAGAACAACUACACUUCAUUUGUUCAGCCACAUCUGAAGCUACUAGAAUCGAUAACAUGGAUAGUUCCUCUACAAGUAGUGCCUCAAACAUAAACAUGGAGGAGAUAAUAAUCCCUACCAUGUCAAAUAACAUGGAUGGUCAAAAAGAUCCUGAAAAUGGAAAAUUGAACGACAUUGUAAAUAAUGUUAAAAAUAUACUUGCUGACAAAUUAAAGAUGUGUGCAAUCAUUGGAAAAGAUGAAUUAAAAGCCAAUGGAAUUGCUGAACCAUUAGAAUCAUCAACACAAACCAAUAAAGGAGGUGACAAAUCAUUUAAAUACAAGCAUCUUCCUAAAUUUAAAGCCAUUUGUCAAUACAUUGAAUGUUGUGACGAAAAUCCAAGUCAACCUGAUUGUGAUCCCGAAGUUAAACUAUCAAACAAAAUUAUUCAGCGUUACUUAAAUGAACAAAAUAUGGAAGAGAAUACAAAUGUCUUUCCAUGGCAUAAGAUUUUAUCUCCACCACCAAAGCAAAUGGUUGUUAUAGAUCGAAUGCAUUCUGGAGCAAGACGUUUUGUUGUGCUAGACUUUGGUUCACCAAUUCUAUUAACUGAUGUCGUAAUACCAUCUUGCGAUGAGUUAGCCUCUCUUCAUAUAGACAUUUGGUGUUUCGAAGAAGAAGCUGAUAGUGUUCGUUUAGUUGUGACACAAGAUAUUGGAUCAAAAACAUUGGUGUUGAGUGAUUUGCAACCGCCACCAAUUUGCAGAUAUAUGAAAAUAACAAUUACUGGUCGAUAUGGAAUGUCAAAUACAAAAUGUAAGAUUCCAUUAGGAUCGUUUUAUGGACACACUGUUGUUCUAGAUAGCGAUGGUUAUGGGGAUCCAUUAUUACAAUACAUGAAGCAGCCACCGAGUAAUAUUCAGGCACAAAUAAAAGCCCUUCACUCGUUGUAUGAAGAUGUCCAUUGUCGUUAUAGUUUGUCUAGCUGUAAACUCAUGGAAAUGCUUGCGCCAGUUCUUAAUUGUGAACUAUCUAAUGUAGCACAUAUGCAAGCAUUUAUAAAUAAACAACGUGAUGAUGAUGGUAGCUUGGAUAGCAGUAAAAUUGUAGCAACAUAUGAGGAAUGUAUUUUACUACAACAUCAAAUCAACGUUGUGCAAAACGUUAUUCUACGUUUGGAAUCAACUCUUGAUAGCAACUCAGUGACUGAUCCUAAAAAUAUUUUGCAAUUAGCAUCAAGAGACAAGCUAAGAGUACUGAGUCAGGGAUUAGUUGAAAUUCUCCUGCAUUUCUCAAUAGAAUAUGGACUGAAGAAUAUUCUUCCAUUGCAUUCGCUCUUCUCAAUCGAUGUUGCCAACACUUUGUUUAAUACAUUAGUAGUUAAUGGUGAUGCACACAUACAACUUGCAACAUGCUCAUUAUUAGUUCGCAUGUGUUGUUUCCGUAACUGGUGGGGAGAUUUUCUCGCUGAUAUAUUUUGUAAUUUGUUUUCUUCACAAAAUAGCAAAAUCUUUCCACAAGAUAGAAUAUUUUUCUUGCUGACAUAUCUUGGUAGGAGAAGUAUUGCCAUGGGCACAUGUCGAUCCAUCGUAAUCGAUGCUAUCCUUAAGACACUAGCUAAGCUCUUGGCACCCAUUUCUCCAAGAUAUCAGGCAAAUGAUAGCCCUCUGCAUAUGGAUACAGGCGAUAAUAGUGGAGAUUUAUGGUCUAAAUCAGAUUUGCAGCUUGUAACGUGGCUGUUAUUAUUCCUGUCAGUUUGCUUGGACGAUAGCGUUGAAAGAAAAGAUAAAUCUGCAAAUCGCUGGGAAUUUAUGUCAUGCGAAACUGAUUUUGCUAAAACUCGAUCCCAAACUAACAACAGCUCGGGAAAACAGCUUCGAGGUUUUAAAAAGCGAAUUAUUCAACAAAACAAAUACAGUAUCCAACCAUACACCGACUGGGGAAAGAAGAUCUUUAUGAUACAAAAUGAAUUAAAUUCAUUGCAGCAUCCGGACAUAUUUAUGCAGCUUACUGGCAAACCUAAACCUAAAGCCACAGCUAAAUCAAGCAAUACACCUAAAAUUCCAAAGGAUCCUAAUCCAGAGCCAGAAAAUAAUUUUGACAAAGGCCUCAAGACCAUACGGUUGAAUAAUAUCUUAAUUGUUAUUCGAGGUCUCAUUGCUCUUCUAUUAGAAAUGGACUUUAGUUGUAAUAUGGAUUUGUUCCUAUUGACGUGCAAGGUAAUUGCUCGUCUUGUAUCUGCUUGCAAAUCGUCGGUACAACUUUCAAAGAUUGUUUCGACAAAUCAACUGGAACAGCUUGUACGUCUUGCUGUUUGGAAUGAUCAACAGCAACCUUGGGCUGUUCAUGCUAUUACUUGUCUAUUACAAGAUCUUUUAGAUGCUGAUAAGCAUUUCAAGGAUCAACCCCAAAGCUCUGAACCAAGUUGCAGUGAUCAGAGAGGAAUGGAAGGGGUUCAAGAACCAGAAGAAGUCUUUGUUGAUUCAACAGCUAUAUUGAUGCCGUCAUCCAUUAUUCCCAUUUCUGGAAAUAGUAGUAUGUCAUACGCAGAUGCUGUUAAAUUUUCACACCUGCCAUCUUUAAUCGAAUGCGAAGACACUGAAUUUGAAGAUCUAAUGCAUGAAAUCGAUAUCGAUAAUAGAUCUAAGAAUCUUAUUAAAACUGAUUCAGCAGCGCAAAACAAAAAUAAUUUUAAUUUCUUUUGUAAGACUGUUUCGAGUUCAAUGGAUGCUCGAUUAGAUUUUGGACUCGACACAAAUGUAGAGAUUUCAAUACGUCGUCUAACAAUGAUCUCAUCUUUGGAUAUGUAUGCUUCGUUGCCACAAAUUCUGACCAACGAAUACAUCAAUGCAUCACCUGAUACAGCUGCUUGGCCAGAAUAUGUCACAGAUAUAUGGUCUGGACCGGAAUAUAAUUGUGGUCUGCCAACCUAUCAAAUGUUUAAAAAUGUUUUUGAUUGCAUUUUUUCUGAUCUUCAUUUACAAGACACUUGGGUGCACUUGGAACAAGUUUUACAAAUCUGGCUCACACUCAACAGUGAAUUAUCGGAUAAGCCAUACAAUUCAGGACUUUGUCCAAACGACAUUCCCAAAAUACCAUUUGGUCCGAAUGCAGUGCAGGGCCUGUUGUUGGCUUUAGCUUGGCACAAUGAUAUAAAAUUACGAACUUGGUGCCUCGGAUUUCAGUGCUUGUUGUUGGCUUGCAAUUCGCCAUCAAACUUUGAAAGCGGAGAAUCAAGUAACAGUAAUUCAAGAAUUGGUGAUAUCAUCAUAAGUGAUGAGAAUUUUGAAAAGAUGCUACUCCGUUUCUUUUCUGGAUACGGCAUGAGCUCUUCAGUUAUUACAAACCGAUGCGCUGGCCCCACAAUAUGCAAACAUUUGCAUGAGUUACUCCUAUGGCUACACAAAAAGGCUGAAUUCACAGAAUCUGGUCCAAUGAUUAAGAAAAAACUUAAGGAUACUCUCUUAAAUGUUAUUUUGCAACUAAUCCAGCCAGGUGGAGCUAUAUGCAAUCAACAAGGUCCAAUUGAUGCUCAAAGUCAACUUGUUCGAGACUUACUUCUAAUACAAUACGACAAAGCUGAUUUAAAUGUUUCACUUAGUAUUAUCGAAAGUGUUUCAUUUUUAGUAUACAACAACAUUGCUAAUGCAGAUAAAAUUCAAUGUCAACGCUCAUCAGACACAAAUAGCUCAACAAACAAUUUUAGCAGUUUGUUUGCUAAUGUACUUGGCUCAGAAAAUUCAAAACAAAAUGCAUCGCUUUCGGAUAAUUCAUUGAUUAUAAGUCUCUUGAAAUUAUCGUCAUCUUUAAUUCAGACUGAACUCCCAAGAGAUGAUAGUCAUGUAAUGAUGCAUGAAUCUGAUGUAUCAACUGAAAGUCAAACAGACGAAACAAAAGCCGAACAGUUAAACAUUGAAUGCAAUAAAACAAAAGUUCCAUGCAUUGCAGAUAUGGUACUACGCCAUUUUUCUACAAUGAAACGUCUUCUUGGUUCUUUAUCUAACUGUUCAAGCCAUUCAUUAACACUUAUGACUCCAGGGUCAUUAUAUUCGAUGAAAUCUCCUGAUUCAACUUUUCUCCUUGACGAACCACAAACAACAACCGAUGCAGUCUUCAGCUUACUUAUGCUUUUGAGUGAAAAAGCUUCAGAAACUAGUUUAGUUAUAGCUCCUCUAUGCCAAUAUUUAGAGACAAAUUCAAUUGCCCGAAAUGCACUUCCUCGUUUACACUUAUCUGAACCGUUCCUUUGGUACAUUCUGAAAUUACUUGAAGCACCUCAAGCUGUUCACAUUUUCACCGAAAUGGGUGGAAUACAAAUAAUUUGCCACAAUUUGGUUAAACUCAACAAAGUACUUGUCAACAUUCAACCAGGAUUAAUAUCGCUGAUUAUGCAGCACAUGACGAAGAAUACUAAACUAAAACUUCAUAACAGCAAUUCUUCUAAUGGCAAUGCUAAAAAAUGCACAUCACAGCAAAAUCAACGCAACCAAGAUGGUCUAAUAAACUUUGCACCAUUUUGCAGUAUAUCAUCAGAGAAUGAUACAGCCCAAUCGGCAGAUGUCUUGAUUUUAACACCAAUCGCAUCACACCGAAGACCACGUACUCCAGCCUGGAGUUAUAUGUUCUAUCCAAAUGAAUCACAUGUGGAUUUAACUAUUACUUUGCCAACAGCUAUAUUAUUGAAAGAAAUUCAACUGCAGCCACAUGCACCAACUUUAGUAUCAUGUCCAUCAGCAGUGGCAGUAGAAAUUUCCCGUGAUUAUGGCUUGGGUCCCAUACCUUUUGGUCAGCCCUUAACUACAACCGGUAUGACAUGUAUUCGAUUGAAGCUUUCUAAACCUGAGAUUGCUACCAGUAUUGUAUUAAGGCUUUAUAGACCCAAAGACAGUUCAAACAUUGGAUUAACACAAAUAGCCAUUCUUGGAAAUACGAUUUUCUCAGCUGGAAACAACGCAUUCGGUUGUGGUUCAGAUUCUGGAGUAGAUGAUGAUUCAUUGGCCAAAACAAGUGUCGGAUGGAUACGAAUUUUAGCCAGAUGUUAUACAGUAGCGGCAAUUAUGUCGGAAAAUAAACUAUCAAAAGAUGUAGUGGGAGCUUCUUCGGAAUAUCCUGGUUUUCUAGAAUCUUGUUGCUCUCUAAUGAACAUAAUGCCAUUAAUACCAAAUUCAGCAUUGCAAAAUUUAGAGACUGUUUUAUUAAAAAUAGGAUCAUAUAGCCGAGAUUUGUGUUUGGCUUUAAUUCGAAUAUUGCUGUGGGGAACAACACCACAAACAUAUAAACUCUCAAAUGAAGCUGUUUGUGAUCUUCUUUAUGAUUUGGCAACAGCUAAAGAUUCCUAUAUGGCAGACAAGAUUCAAGUUUUGCUAGAUUGGAUUCUAAAGCUACGUCAUAAUUUCAAUAAUCGUUCCAUACGUUGCACCAAUCCACAAAGUGGAUUUGUUAAAGUUACAGCCUCAAUUCUGUGGUCUGUACAUUCUCAGAAUUGCAUCACAAAUUUAGCAGAUUUAAUAACAAAUGAUGUUUUCGAAGCAUGUUUAUAUUGGAUAGAUGCUCUUGAUAAUGACCAACCACUUAAAGUAGCAUUUGAUUCUUUGUUGUGUUCAUUAUGUUGCAUUAAGCCAGAAUUGUUUAAUCAAUUACUCAGUAAAGUAGAUGUUUCUCUAAUGCAACAUGAUGUAUUUGAAAGUACAACAUUAAAAUCAGAAGAGCUAUCAUCUGGUAUCACUGAUGAUAACAAAGAAGCAAGUGGAAGUGAAUGGUUUAAUAAUGUUGCCGAAGACAAUCUUUCUACAUUGCUUCGUAAGCCAUCAUAUUUAACUACAAUUGCCAUGUCAUGUCAAUCUCCGCUAGCCAUAUAUGAACUUGUAGAUUCUGGAUUGCCUAAGCUUCUUGCACACGCUCUCUUUGAUUAUUGUUGUUUCUUGUCGCCUGAAAUCAAGAAAAUGACUUUAAAUACUGAACGUACACAAUCGACAAGUAGUGACGAGUGUUUAACCGAUUCCUACAAGGCUGAAAAUCAAUCGCCGCAAGAGCCAAAGAAUGCAAUUAAAUCAUCCAUAAUAACAUUUGAGCAUGUUCCAAAAAUUCUAGACUUCUUCUCAGAGUGUUGUUCGGAGGGUCAUAUGCGUGAUAUGCUUGGAUCAUAUCAAGGAUCGAUUUUCUGGAAGCCAUUACUUGAAUUAUUGUGCAAUUAUAGACCAAUUGAAACUGGUGAAGAGCCAAUACAACAGGCACUUAUUCGCAUGGAGAGAGCUACUAUAAACUUUUUCACACGAGUUACAUCGUGUCAUCCUCCCAACCAAGAUAAACUAACAACACUUCUUAUAUCAGUUAUCAAGAAACCAUCUCACAUCUAUAUGAAUAGCAACAAAGCAAUUAUUUCUGGAUUCACUCGACAAUUGGUAUUGCAGCUUUUAUUGGAAAAUGAAAGAAUUUUAGUUUCAGUGAGAAGCAAGCAACCACUUCAAAAGCGGGAUAGUAACAUUAGCUUGGUUAAUAAUCAUCCAUCGAAGAGGGUAAACGCUCACCAUUUACUCUUCUAUGUGAGUGUAAAUACAAAAUGUCAGGAAAUUUUACAGAAUUGUGUUUCAGAUUACAGUAACAUUUUCCUUCCAUCAAUGAAUUCAGAAUCCAGGCAAUCGGAUUCGUCCGUAUCCAACAUCUCAAGUAGCAAUCAUAGCGAGAACAAGAGCGAUGACAAAUCAGAUGCAUUUGAAAUUGCAAUGGACUUUAAUGGUCAUGGACUUGAAUUUUUGAGUGUAGCAGCUGGAGUGACUGCCAAGGAUAAACGCAUUAAAGAUGUUAAGAAUCAGGUGGCAGCCAUCAAGGAUAGUCGGGUUUUAUUCCCUAAAUUUCCAAGACUUUUCCAACAAGAUGACUUCCUUACAUCUUCAAAUACGUCGAGCAUGACUACCUGCGCACAGCUAGUACAUCCAGAAUGUCCCGAAGUGAUGUUGACAUGUGAUACAACGAUAUCACAAAUUUUAGCGGCACUCUACAAAAAAGGACGUCGACUCUCCACUCCAUGUAUCACUCUGAAUUUGAUCCCAUCGAAGAACCUUAAUGAUGAAUUUGAUGAUACAAUUCUGAAAGCGGCUAAUAUGGAACCGCUUCCAUCUCCUUUGCAAAGAUUUUCCACUCGUGGUGGUCUCUCAUUGCUUGCGCAGUAUUUGCCAACAGUUUACCCAGACAGUUCUGGUCGAAAGAGUCCAACAUUGUUGGGAGAUAAGGAGAAAAGUCCUCCCACCACUGAUUGGGUAAAAUUGGAGCCCAAUGAAGAAAUCUAUGAAGAUUUGGAAGAUCCUAUAACUGAAACAUCUACCAAACAACCCACUAUUACAUCUGUUCCACAACAUUCAUUGGCUGCGUUUGGCUUAUUCUUGCGAUUGCCUGCCUAUUCAGAUGUUUUGCUGCGGGAUAAACUGAGAGCGCAAUGUUUAUUGAGACUUGUCUUGGGUGUCACUGGAGAUGGUGAAGGCAAUGACAUUUAUAGCUUAUCACUCGCGCCAUCACUUCCAACUUUACCGUUUGAAGUAUUUCGACAACUUUUAGAUAGUUCACCACUCACAACAGAUGAUGGUAUGCUAUUAAGAAGAAUGAUUGUAGAAGUUGGCGCUAUGCAUCUUGUACUUAAUUGCUUGGGAAUUUUCACACAUCAAUCUCAAAAUUAUCAAAUAAAUGGACCACAGCCAGAGACUGCUGCUGGUGUAAAAGCUUCGAUGAACAGCAUAGACGACUCCGUUAUCAUAUCUGACGAUAAAAGUCACAUGUAUUGGGCUAAAGGCACUGGCUUUGGAACAGGAUCUACUCAACAAUCUUGGAAUGUCGAACAAGCUUUGUUGCGUCAAAAAAGUGAAGAAGAACAUGUGACAGUGCUUUUACAGGUACUCUCAAGUUACAUCAAUCCCGGAGACAAAGUACUAUCUGCACUUCAAUGCGACGAUAUUAUGAGCUAUCAUGAAAUAAGUGAUGUUGCUGGUGAACUGCCUAUUGCAUUCCUAGAUUUGUUGAAAAAAUCUUGUUUAAUUCCUGCACUCAGCUCAUAUCUACGCAAUGAUUCCGUCUUGGACAUUACAAGGCACAUUCCGCUUUAUCGAGCUAUAUUGCAACUCCUGCGUGCUAUUUCACUAUCGUACCAAUUGGUUAGCUUAUUGCAACCAUAUGAUCGUCUUGAUAGCACCCCAUCUAUUUCGGAGCUUCUUGCCAAUAUGAAGACUUGCGUUGACACUUAUGCCAAUCGUUUGAAGCUAAAUAAAAAAUCAAAUAUAAAAGGACAAACACAACAAGUCACCGUUAAUAUUGAUGAUGGGGACGAUGAGGGUCUUGCACUUUUAAUACCCGACAUUCAAGAAACAACGGUAUUAGUACAAAAGGCAACAAAUGUUGAAGAUGCACGUGUUAAUCAGCUACGUGAUCAUGAACAUUGUAGUAGCCGUAUGGAGAAACCUCUAAGUAAAUCAAUUGAAGAACGAUACCUGGAAGUAAUGAAGAAAAUGCAAUUCGAUACAUACGAAAUGAUUGUUGAGUCAGAGAAGAACGGUUUUCGUUUUGCAAUUUCGCAUCAUUUUGAAAAGAUGGUACACAAGGCUGGUGAUCGCUAUCAUCCGUCGAGAGUGAAACGCCUCGCUCAAGAAGCUGUUACUCUCUCCACAAGUUUGCCAUUGUCAUAUAGCAGUUCUGUUUUUGUACGCUGUGAUACUGAUAGACUGGACAUUAUGAAAGUACUGAUAACUGGCCCAGCCGAUACUCCCUACGCGAAUGGAUGCUUUGAGUUUGAUGUCUUCUUUCCCCCGGACUAUCCAAAUUUACCUAUGUUAAUUAAUUUAGAAACAAAUGGUCGGCAUUCUGUUAGAUUUAAUCCUAAUUUGUACAAUGAUGGUAAAGUGUGUUUAUCCGUUUUGAAUACGUGGCAUGGACGACCCGAAGAAAAAUGGAACGCACAAACUUCCAGUUUUUUGCAGGUUCUUGUAUCAAUUCAGUCUCUAAUUCUGGUUCCUGAACCAUACUUCAAUGAGCCAGGCUUUGAAAGAAGUCGAGGUACUCCAAGCGGAACACAUUCAUCUCGAGAGUAUAAUAGCAACAUUUACAAAGCGUGUGUUCGCUGGGCUAUGCUUGAACAGAUCCGAAAUCCAAGUCCAUGUUUCAAAGAGGUCAUUCAUACACACUUUUGGUUAAAACGACACGAAAUUUGUGCACAAAUCGAAGGUUGGAUUGAAGAGCUUAGCAAACCACAAUAUAGCGAACGCAACACCAUAACAUUCAACUCAAUGGUUCUUCGGCGAGAAUAUCGAAAUUUGCGUGAAGAAUUGGCCAAACUAAAAGUACCCGAAGGCCUUGAAGAUCUAGACAUGCCAUUCAAUCCGAAUGUUACACUCUCUGUGAUGACAGUAGCUCCUACAGUAACACCAACACAAAUAGCUACAACAACAAGCCCAACACCCAAUCAGCCAUCGAGCAGUAAUGCCGCCGCUCAACAGUUGUCAUCGCCCAAUACAACACCUACAUCGUUGUCGAUUGAAGAAGAUAUUGCCCAAGAUGCCACCGAUUUAAAUGAAACAACAACAACUGCGCCGCCAAUUUCACAUACGUCUUCGUCGUCGGCGCCCCAAACAGACGACGUGGACGUUGAAAUCCUAGACUCACCUGUAAUGCUGGAGGAGACUGAUCUUAUUUCUAUAUUCACCACAUGGAAAGCGAAUCAUGAAUAGCUUAUCAACAAAAUUACAAUUUAAUCACAUUUUUUAUACAAAAUCGUAAAAUUUUAAUUUAACUGAAAAAAAAAGAAAAGAUAAAAAAACAAAAUAAAAACAAAAAACAGCAAGUCUCAUAAUUACCCUAAACUAAAAAGCAAGAUUUACCCUAAGAUUGGCAUAUUUAAUAUUUUUUAAUGUGUUUACUCUAAGCUUUUUAUAAGAAAAACAAAAACAACAGAAUGGAAAAUUAAAAAACGAAAAACGAAACAAAUGAGUGUAUGCUAAGUUUCUAUUUGUACUAAUAUUUUUUACAACUCCAAAAUUUUGGCACAAAUGCUUGCUAUUGUUAGGUUUCUCUUUUAUUAAUAUUGUUUUAAAUUCAUCUAAUCUAGGGCAUGAGCAAAAACAAGCCUGAAUUUUUUGCAAUCCACUUUUAAUUUACCGACAGCAGUUAGAUUAUUUUUCGAUAUUUGUAAAAAAAAAAAUAAUAAAAAACAGAAAUUCAAACUAUGUAGGAAUAGCCUCUCAUAAAU